GAGCUUGGAGACUGAGUGACCCUGCUCAGGCCAGGACGAGUCAAGCAAGCCAUUCUGCAACCCACUGCGCAGGUCACCGCAGAGCUGCCAAUGAUGGCUCGAUUGACUGAUGCAGCUAUGACUUUGACAUGUCUCGGGCUAUUAUAGCUCCCCGGGCAGGGGUCGUUCCGGGCGUCGAUCAUUGGGUUUCGUCAUUUCCCCCGGUCAUCGUCGUCGCAACGAACAACAACAGCACACCUCGAUAAUAAUAACAACACCUGCCUUCACCUCUUUCCGCGCGCUUUUGAUCGCAACAUCUAGAGUUCCCCGGAAACCUGCCUUGCAGAAAGAUCAGCGGCACCAUGGCUACAGAGACUCCCUCGUCGGCAGUGCCGCCCACCACCAUCUCGCUGCGUGCUCCUUCCCAGUAUGUCUCCGAGCCGCCGGCCAGCUUCACAUCGCCGCCCCUGGACUGGCUGAUGCGCACCUGGUCCGUCACCCACUCGACGCUCUCCAUGUGGCGCGACGCUCAGAACGUCCGCAUCACCUACAAGCCCAUCCAGAGCGAGGCCCCCGUCACAAAGAUCGACGACCUCGUCGAGUACGAGAAGAAGGGCGGCAGCGGGGGGCUCAAGAGCGUCGCCGGCAUCGACACCAUGGACCCAAACCACGUCGCCGCCUGGGACUGGCGCGGCAAGGGCUGGCUCAUGAUUGCCUCGUCGCACUGGGAGGUCCUGGGCUGGGGCGAGCGCCCGCGCGAGGGCGGCGCCGAGGGCGAGGUCGAGCGCUGGGCCGUCACCUGGUUUGCGGCGACGCUGUUCACAAAGGAAGGCCUCGACAUCUACACCGAUCGCAAGGAGGGACUGUCCAAGGCCACGGUAGACGAGAUCAUGACUGCCUUCAAGGGGUUAAAGGAAAGUGCUCCGCGGGUGGCGGGCCUCGUGGAGGAGGGCAUGGAGGAGGUUCUGAUCAGCCUGCCCUGGAAGGAGACGUAGGGGUUUCGACAGCUUUUCGGCCCUAAUAGAAGUCCCCAGACAAUGAAUCUCUCCUCUCAGGCGAAGCGAGCGGCAUCUUCUCAUGCUCCGCCGAUUCAAUGUCUGCAGAGUUGGCCUGAUGAUGAUCACCCGGACAUUCAGUCUGCAAUAUUCUGGCGCUUGUGAUUAAUGAUAGGACAUGACGAGUCUAUCAACGAUGCAGCUUGCAAGCCAGAAUUGAAUAUCAAAGAGAAAGACCAGUCCACGAGCUCACUUGCUGUCCAAGUAUGUCUGGCUGGUCCUCUGGCAACCACAGUGCGGCAACUGUGCAUAUUGGUCACGACACGGUGUGGUGGCAUGCCUGCGCCAGGCUGGGCCCACGACUUCCAUCUUACAUUUCAUCAGC